UGGGAUUCAAUGUAUCAUAUAUACACCUACUCUCAGCUCUCCCAUGCAUAUAUAAAGAGAGGCUACUCCCUUCGUCUCCCUCCCAGUGAAGCCUCCCGAGCUCAAAAGAAAGCCUUCCUCUCAUCCUCUGCUUCCCUCCUCUGUUUCUUUGACAUACAUACACUGUGCAGUGCAGUGCAGUGUGCACCCUGAGUAACGUCUGUAACCAUGGUGGUUCUUGCCAAGGGCGAGCUGGAGCAGAUCGCGCUCCCGGCGAUGCAACGCGCGGCGCCGCCGAUGGCCGCCGUGCCGGAGGUCGACCUGGCUAAGGCCGCGGCAGGGGACGACGGCGCGAGUGGCCGCGCGGCGGCCGCGCGCGCGGUGGCGGCGGCGUGCGAGGAGCACGGGUUCUUCAAGGUGACGGGCCACGGCGUGCCGGCCGCGCUCCUGGCACGCGUGGAAGCCGCGGCCGCCGCGUUCUUCGCGCUCCCGCAGCGGGAGAAGGAGGCGGCCAAGGUGGUGGCGCCUGGCGGCAGCCCGUUCGGGUACGCCAGCAAGCGGAUAGGCGGCAACGGCGACCUCGGGUGGGUCGAGUACCUCCUACUCGGUGUCACCGCCGCCGGCGCCGCCGCGCCAGUGGCGUUGCCCGGCGCGGCAUUGUCUGUGUCCGCGGAGGCGUGGCCCUGCUCUUUCCGUGAUCUUCUGAACGAGUACAUUGCAGCUGUGAGAAGGAUGACAUGCGAGGUGCUAGAGCUGAUGGCGGAAGGGUUGGGUCUCGCCGAGAAAGAUGUGUUCACUAGGUUAGCGAUGGAUAAAGAUAGUGACUCUAUACUAAGGGUCAACCACUAUCCACCGCGUCCCGAGUUAAAGCAGCUGAGGCACAGUAGGUUGAUCGGGUUCGGCGAGCACACCGACCCUCAGAUCAUCUCGGUCCUUUGGUCCAACGACAUAUCAGGGCUAGAGAUCUCGCUGCGUGAUGGCAACUGGGUGUCAGUGCCGUCGGACAAGGAGUCUUUCUUCAUCAACGUUGGCGACACAUUGCAGGUUCUGACGAACGGGAGGUUCCGUAGUGUGCGGCACCGGGUGACCGUGAACAGCGCGCGGUCGCGGGUGUCGGUGAUCUUCUUCGGGGGCCCGCCGCCGCGGGAGAGGCUGGCGCCGCUGCCGGGGCUCGUCGGCGAGGGCGGCCGCCGCCGGUACAGGGAGUUCACGUGGAGGGAGUACAGGACCUCGGCGUACAGGACCAAGCUCGCGGAGAACAGGCUCUGCCACUUCGAGACCGCCGCGACGAGCUGAUACGCUGCUGAUUUCCGACGUGUAGAAAGAAGCCUUUGUGCGUGUGAUUUGAUUUUCCAUUUUAGGUGGUAUAUAAAGGUUUUGUGUUGAUAUAGGCUGCUGGGUAGUUGGUGACGUCGUGUACUGCUGCUCUGUUCCCGUGAGAAUGUAAACGGCCAUGGCUCCGUCAGAAAUGUACGUGCAUUUGGCCGGUUUACGUAUGAAUUUGAACUGUUAAAACUUAAA